GACUCUCAUUACCCAGAAUGCACUCGUGAAAAAUCAUGGUUGACUUUUAGGGUUGUCAGUCUUGAGAAUGAAUGCAGCGUGUCUGUGCCAUUUCAGCUGAAAAAGCCUAAAAAUCCUCUGACAUCUCCGGACCUCAAGUCAUUCUUUCGUAUUAUGUUACAAUAAUUUCGUCGUGAGGAGCCAAUAAACCUUUUAAUCAGCAACACUCUUCUGUGGUAGAUAACCAGAGUCAACAUGUCAGGUGUAGGGGCCAAACGAGAGGGACCACAGUUCAUCAGUGAAGUGGCGGUGAGGGGUAACGCCGCCCUGCUGGAAUACUGCCGCACCUCUGUGUCUGCUCUGUCGGGAGCAACAGCUGGGAUCCUCGGGCUGACUGGACUCUACGGCUUCAUUUUUUAUUUCCUCGCCUCCUUUCUCCUGUCGCUGCUGCUCAUCCUCAAGGCUGGACGACGAUGGAACAAAUGCUUUAAAUCUCGCCGGCUGCUUUUCACCGGCGGUCUUGUCGGAGGCCUUUUCACUUACGUGCUGUUCUGGACUUUUUUGUACGGGAUGGUGCAUGUAUACUAAACUGAUUAAACACAUAUGGUUCAGUAUAAUGCAUUUUAAAGCAUUGGGGUUGUCUAGUCUGCUGUUUGUAGAUAGAUCAUUAUUGAAAAAGAUUUUCCUAUAGUUAGAUCACUUAGUGCUCCUAUCUCCUUUGGUCCAAAUUUACCAUUUUAAAUGAACUCCUUUAACUCCUGCUUUGUGCUUGGUAUCGUCCAUGCAAAGGCAUUCACAACCGGUAAUAAAAAUGUAACUUAUUCAUUAACAUCCUAAUGUUUCAGUUUCGUGUAUGUUUAAAUUACAGCAACUGUAAUAAACUUGGAAUGAACACA